AUGAAGCGCGCCAGGACCCCGUCACCGCAGGUGCUGAGAACCAACGUCUUGCCAAAUUCUUUACUUAGUGACUGGAAGCUGCUUCACGGCUCCGUUUUGGCAUUGUUGCCGUCUGCCGAUCUGGUGCGGCACUCGCUGUUUGGUGUUGCUGGGAAUGGUCUGCGCCUCAAGGUGGCCGCCUUUGACUUGGACGACACACUCAUUGUGCCGCAGAGCGGGGCGGUGUUUCCUCGCGACGACCCCACCGAUUGGAGGUGGCUGCUGCCUGUCGUGCCGCAGUACUUGCGGCUGCUGUACGACGCGGGCUUUAUGGUUGCCAUUCUGAGCAAUCAGGCCGGCAUUGGAGGAAGGGCGUGGAAUGAAAAGAAGGCGGAGAGCGUCAAGCGGAAGAUUAUCAAUAUGAGCGAGGCGCUUGGGAUGCCGUUGGCAGUCUUCCUUGCUACAAAGGAGGAUGUCUGGCGAAAGCCCAACGUGGGAAUGUGGAGUCUACUGCAGGAUCAUGCGAGCGCCGUCGUGUCGGAGAAGCUGCUUGUUGCCAGCGACCUUGUUGGGUGUGCCGUUUACGUUGGAGACGCCGCUGGACGGAAGACCGCCACUUUGGCGGGACGAAAGAAGGACUUCAGUUGCUCUGACCGCAAGUUUGCCUUCAACAUUGAUGUGCCGUUUCUCACGCCAGAGCAGUUAUACCGCUGCCCGCAGACGGAACUGUUUGACAACGACGGUGACGAUGACAGCACGCUAAAGGGGGCGGGGAAAGUUAUCUCCAAGCGGCUCUUGACGGCGGUGGCGGAUGCACCGUGCGAUGUGGACUGGGGCGGUCUUGGCCCGAGUGAGCUUGGAAACCUGCCAUCGUCGUACGAGCAUCUCACAAUCAACCGCAUUAACGCGGAGGGUGAACGGUGCAGCUUUGCGGUACCUGCGCCGGCAAUUUUUUAUCGGACGGCGCAGGAGAUGGUGAUAUUUGUGGGAUAUCCUGGCUGCGGCAAAACGACGUUUUUUAGCCGUUUCUUACAGCCGGCCGGCUACAUCCACAUCAACCGCGACAUCCUUAAAACGAAGGCGAAGUGCCUGUCAGAGGCCGCAAAGUGGUGGGACGCCGGAAAAAGUCUUGUCGUGGAUAACACAAACCCGUUGCAUGCUGACUGUAUGCAGUUUAUCGCCCUGGUGAGGCGGUCGCGUCCGAGCCUGACACCGCUACCGGUGCGCGUGUUUGUGUUUCAGGCAUCGAGGGCGUUGUCGAUGCAUAUGUCGAAUGUGCGUGCUCGACUUGGCAUUUCUCCGCGUAUCAGCCGGAUUGCGUACAACGUGUUUCAGUCAAAACAUGAAGCCUGGACACCGGCAUCCGUGAAGAUGGCGAAUAUUGAGGAAGUACUCGAAAUACCGCCUGUGGCAUGCUUCGAUGGUCUACAGGAGGACAUGCGGCGAGAGUUCUUCUUGCUGUCAUGA